AUGAAAGUCAAGCGCCUUCAAUGCAAACGAAACCAGAACACAGCACAUUGUUGUCACAUGGCACUGGUAUCAGAAUCCUAUCAGCAAACCAUACACAAGAAUUGCCUUGUAGCGACCAAAUCAAAAACUCGCCGCAUCAAAAUCAUGCUCUGCAUACAGAACCAUGAACAUCCCAACUACACAACCGCCAGUCAUUUACUUCGUCACACGCACGUCGACAUGGGCAGAAUCGAAGCCCACGGUCGUAUUACACAGCAUCCACUAUAUCGACGAGCCCUGAACAUGCAGCCGAGAGGAUCUCAUCGAUCCAGUACCCGCGUUGGGCUUUGCGUGCGCGCUACAUUCGAAGCAGGGGAAUCCGACACACGAAUCAGCAUUCUUUUCGUGGGCGAAGACAGGGAUCAAGCCAAGGAAGCCAUGUUGAACCAUGUUGCAAAGGCGCUGGCGACUGCAUGGGAACAGCACGAGGAGAAUCCGAGACAAGUGUAUUAUCGUAAUACGGUGCUGGGGGAGCAUGUGCAGUUUGUGGAUGACAAGACGGGGUGGAUUACGUGGUGGGAGUUGUGGUCCCAUCAUCUUGUGAAUUUGAGGUCGGGAUGGGUGGGGAGGAGGUUUCAGGGAGGUGGAGAUUGCGGAGAAGGAGGAGAAAAUGGAGGAGGUUCCAGGGUGAUGUUUUGA